AUGGCAUUCGUGGACAGCGGCAAACUGGCAGAGGCUUGGACGCAGCUCCGGUCCGCCUACUUCGACGUCUGCGUGGAAGCCGGGCAAAGUCCGGACAAAGUGUCAGCGAAGCUCACCCGAUGGGAGGACGCACGUGCGCAGCGACAAAAGUUGUCAAGUUCGAAGCUUGGCGAGCUGUCCUUGCAGGACCCGGACUCCAGUGACACCGAGGUGCGAGUGGACGUCUGCAGGUUGCCGAAGGCACAUUCCUUGGAGCUCUCUUCGGCCUCUGCAGAAGAUCUCCUCACCGCGCCGGAUCUGCACAAAGCAGUUUCACCGCUUGAGGCUUGCGGCGCGGCUUCAGACAAGUCGCGUGGCAUGUGCCGCAGGAGGAAAGAUUCAAAGCGUAGCUUGCCUUGCUUCAUUGAGUUGGAGUUUGCAGCCAACAAAGCCUCAAAGCGUGAACCAGGCCAGUUGUUAAGCUCCAUCCGGCCCCUUUGA